GCUACAAAAGCAGCUCGAGUCCUCUUUACAGCAGAAUUCGUUCUUCUUGACAAGUAUGUUGAAGCCAUUGUACCAGCGAUUUACGGUGAGUUAAGAUCUUUCUUUGGCACGGGCUUCGCGUCAAAUCGACAGUAUUACAGCCAAUUCGGCUCGAUCACCCCUAGCAACCUGAGCAACACUAUUCUCAACGUUUUAACAUACUGUCUGCUGAAGACUCUCUCCUUCUGGAUCAUGUGCCACCUUAUCAGUCGAAGAGUAGGAAUAUCUGCUAUCCACCUCGUAGCGUUUGGGCUGCUAUACCAAUGGGAGGCCGUCUAUAGCAAAAUUCUAACGUGGGUCGUCUACACAACUCAAACCUCGCUUCAACAUUUGGGUACGUGCCCCGAUUUCACUUUCCAAUUCAACUGG